AUGGCAUCGUCAGUUCUAGGGAAGCGACAGAGACCUGCUCUCGAGUCUGCUGAUGCACCUUCUUUACGAUCACUAAGCAAACGUCUGGCAAGGGCAAGCCGCAAGAUCUAUACCGACGAAGAGGACCCCUUUAUAUCGUCGACAUGCCAAAAACGCUCCAGCUCACGAUCGACCACCACCCUCAAGCGCCCCUGCGAUGCAAACACACCAAGCCGUAAUGUACGGACGAAACGUAUUACCGAUGACAAGACCAGCUCACCGAGCAAGUCGACGGUUAACGGGCUUAAUGAUGAAAAUGCCGAACCCGUCGAGUUCACCACUCCAAAAGCACAGAGAUACACGAACGUUCUCCUCCCGGUUACGCCAAAGCAUCGUGUGCAGGUUGGAGGGAAGCCCUUGACUCCCAGAACUCCACGUACCCUAUCUACACCAAAGGCUACCCGAUCCGUAUUCACGGCUGCAAAGCAACUCUUCACCAGGAGCGCGAACCCGGGCCAGCUGGUUGGUCGAGACAAUGAGACAAGAGAGAUGAAGAACUUCAUUCAACAGUCGGUCGACGCCAGGAAAGGCGGAUGCAUCUACGUGAGCGGACCCCCAGGCACAGGCAAAACGGCACUCAUAGACGAGGUCUCUCGGGAGCUGGAGAAGUCUCCCGAUUCCAUCAAAGUGGCCCAUGUCAACUGUGCCAGCUUGACGACUGCCAGGGAUAUCUACGGCAAUCUCAUCGAAGACCUAUGUGAAAACACCAGUGUCUUCAAGAAGAGCGAGGCGGAGCGACUUGAGGCCAUGUUCGUGCCCAAGAAGUCGUCCGGUCCACUCUACCUUGUCGUUCUGGAUGAAAUCGAUCAUCUUUUGACCGGCGACAUUGAGAUCCUGUACAAGCUCUUUGAAUGGUCCCUGCACAAGUCAUCUCACCUUAUCCUGAUUGGGAUUGCAAAUGCACUAGACUUGACAGAUAGACUCUUGCCACGUUUGAAAGCGAAGAACCUGAAACCUCACCUACUGCCGUUCCUUCCAUAUACACCUGCACAGAUUGCCGAUGUCAUCACCACCCGUCUACGAUCUUUACUACCCAAGGAAUCCGAAGCUGCAGCAAACCCGACCCCUUUCCUUCAUCCGGCUGCUAUUCAACUCUGUUCGCGGAAGGUUGCCUCUCAAUCGGGAGAUUUAAGGAAGGCCUUUGAUAUCGUUUACCGAACUAUCUCUCUUUUGGAGCGUGAUACCCAACAAAAAGCUGCUUCUGCUAUUAUUACUAGCCCCUCCAAAGCACCUCUACUCGAAAACAAGAAUCUGGCAUCAACACCGGUAUCUAUUCCACAGCCGACGGAGCACACAGUUGCCACCGCUCCCCGAGCAACAGUAGCCCAUGUCGCUCGAGUCACUUCAUCUACUUUCGGGAACGGCACAACUGAAAGACUUCAAAACCUAAACCUGCAACAAAAGGCUGCCCUCUGCGCUUUGAUUUCAUUCGGCAAGAAGCAACAAACUGCCAACGUUGUCUAUAAAACGCCUACCAAGUCCCCACGCUCCACUGCGCCUACAAGCAGAGAGCUGUUCGAAACAUACUCCGGACUUUGCCGUCGAGAUAACGUCCUCCAACCGCUUACCGCGACCGAGUUUAGAGAUGUCAUCAGCAACCUUGAAACCAUGGGCUUGGUUGGGGAGGUCGAUGGCCGUGGCCGUGGAGCUGGUUCUCCCGCAGGUUCGGCCGGGCUGUUCUCUACCCCCACAAAAUCCGGUCGUGGUAGGCCACCUGCUGUGCGAAACAUGAUUCGAACAGACGAUAGUGGUCUAGUAUGCCUUGUUGGAGAAAAGGAGGUGCAAGGUCAGAUUUCUGGCCCCGGAGAGGGUAUUCUCAGAUCCCUGCUUGCCUCUGACGAUUAUUAA